CUUCCCUCUAUUUACUCUCUUCCACUACAUAAUCAAUCCCUGGAGGUCUCUUCUGCUAAUUUAGCAAUCUAAUACCUUCAUACCUUCCUUUUCUACCCCUUUCCUGUACACAUACACAUUUUACCUUUACCUAGCCUCAGCUCAUUAACGAUCGCAUUCUUCCGCUACCGUCGUUACUGGACUGAACUAGGCGCACAGUUUCUGGGAUACCUUCCCGGCUUUCGUCCAUUUCCUUAUUUCCAUUACUUCGUUUGCGCUUUACCAUUGUCAUUCUGGCCAACCCAUAUGAUCUGGAAUCAUGGCUCCGUUACCUAUCAAGUUCCAGGAGCUGUUGACGCUCGGAAAUGUUGGCGUCGAUCAGAGCGCCAUUGGAUUUAACUCCUGUACCUUAGAGUCCGAUGCCUUCAUUUGCAUAAGAGAAAAGAAGAGCGACACAGCGCAACCCGAAGUCGUUAUUAUUGACCUCAAACAAGGAAACAAUGUGACACGCCGGCCUAUCAAGGCCGACAGUGCUAUCAUGCAUUGGUCGAAACAGAUCAUCGCCCUCCGAGCACAAGCGCGAACCCUACAGAUUUUCGACCUGGAGAAGAAAGCGAAGUUGAAGUCGGCCACAAUGAACGAAGAUGUCGUCUUCUGGAAGUGGGUUAGCGAAUCGACCUUAGGCUUGGUCACAGACACCGCGGUGUUCCACUGGGAUAUCUAUGAUAGUACCCAGGCUGCUCCCGUCGAAGUCUUCAAGCGUAAUGCUAACUUAAACGGAUGCCAAAUCAUAAACUACCGAACCAACAGCGACGGUAAAUGGAUGGCUGUCGUCGGCAUCUCUCAACAAGCGGGGCGCGUGGUUGGCAGUCUACAACUAUACUCUAAGGACAGAGGCAUCAGCCAAGCAAUCGAAGGUCACGCAGCCACAUUUGGAACCCUUAGAAUAGAAGGCGAGCCCGCGGAUACCAAGGUUUUCUCUUUCGCAGUUCGUACCGCCACCGGUGCUAAGCUCCACAUCGUCGAGAUCGAUCAUCCCGAAGGCAAUCGACCCUUUCAGAAGAAGGCCGUCGACAUAUUCUUCCCUCCCGAGGCCACCAAUGAUUUCCCUGUUGCUAUGCAAGUUUCCCAGAAAUAUGGAAUCGUCUACAUGGUAACAAAAUACGGAUUUAUUCACCUCUACGACCUAGAAACGGGCAGCACUAUCUUCAUGAACCGAAUUUCUAGUGAAACCAUCUUCACGACGUGUGCCGAUUCCGAAUCUACCGGUAUUCUCGGUAUUAACAGGAAGGGCCAGGUACUAUUCGUGUCAGUUGACGAAUCGACCAUGAUUGACUAUCUCCUUCAAAACCCGGCCAACACGGAGAUUGCUAUCAAGAUGGCUUCAAGGGCUGGACUUCCUGGCGCGGAUCAACUCUACCAGCGCCAGUUUGACACGCUAUUCAACGGGGGUGAUUACGAAGGUGCUGCAAAGGUUGCUGCCAACUCUCCCCGGGGUUUCUUGCGAACUACGGAGACUAUCAACAAAUUCAAGAACCUCCCAACGCCCCCAGGCAAAAUGUCCUUUAUCCUUCAAUAUUUCGGCAUGCUUCUUGACAAGACUACUCCCCUGAAUAAAACCGAGACCCUCGAACUUGCUGUGCCUGUCCUAUCUCAGAACCGCAAGCAUCUCCUCGAAAAGUGGGCGAAGGAAGGCAAGCUGGACUUUUCCGAGGAGCUUGGUGACCUGAUUCGACCGCAUGAUGUCAAUUUAGCUCUUGCCGUGUAUCUCAAGGCCAAUGCUCCUCACAAGGUCGUCGCAUCUUUUGCCGAGCUUGGCCAAUUCGACAAGAUCUUGCCUUACUGCGACCAGACUGGCUACCAGCCGGACUGGAUCACACUCCUUCAGCAUAUUGUUCGCGUGAACCCAGAACGUGGCGCAGAAUUCGCAACUUCCCUAGCCAGUCACCAAGGCGGAUCUUUGAUUGAUAUCGAGCGUGUGGUUGACGUCUUCCAAUCGCAAGGCAUGGUUCAGCAAGCUACAGCAUUCUUACUGGAGGCGCUCAAGGAAAACAAGCCCGAACACGGCCACCUGCAAACUAGGCUUCUUGAAAUGAACUUGAUGAACGCGCCUCAGGUAGCAGAUGCGAUCUUGGGCAACAAUUUAUUUUCACACUUCGACAAGGCUCGUAUUGGUAGUUUGUGUGAGCAGACCGGAUUGUACCAAAAAGCGCUGGAACUUUAUGAAGACCCGGCGGCUAUCAAGCGAGUUGUCGUUGCUAUUCCAGGCACACCGAACUUUAACGCCGACUGGCUGGUCAACUAUUUUGGCCAGCUUUCAGUAGAGCAGUCCCUGGAUUGUCUUGACGCGAUGAUGAAGGUCAACAUUCGCCAAAACCUUCAAUCAGUUGUCCAAAUUGCUACCAAAUAUUCCGAACUCCUUGGUCCCACCAACUUGAUCGACCUCUUUGAGAAGUACAAGACCCAUGAAGGUCUCUUCUUCUACCUUGGAAGUAUCGUCAACCUCUCCCAGGACCCGGAUGUUCACUACAAGUAUAUCGAAGCAGCCACCAAGAUGGGCCAAUUCAACGAAGUCGAGAGAAUUUGCCGAGAUAGCAACUUCUACAACCCAGAAAAGGUCAAGAACUUCCUCAAGGAAGCGAGACUCACUGAGAUGCUCCCGUUGAUUAUCGUCUGCGACAGACACAACUUUGUCCACGAUUUAAUCCUUUACCUGUAUCAGAACCAGCGAUUCAACGCGAUCGAGGUUUACGUGCAGCGUGUCAACCCUGGCAGAACUCCUGAAGUCAUUGGAGGCCUGCUUGACGUUGAUUGCGACGAGUCUGUGAUCAAAAAUCUCCUCACCACUAUUAACCCUGCCUCGAUUCCCAUUGAUGCGCUAGUGCACGAGGUAGAAACCCGUAAUCGCCUGAAGCUAUUGCUACCAUUCUUAGAGGCUACGUUGGCCGCUGGUAACCAACAGCAGGCGGUCUACAAUGCCUUGGCCAAGAUCUAUAUCGACUCGAACAACAACCCAGAGAAGUUCCUCAAAGAGAAUGACCAAUACGAUACUUUGACUGUUGGUAAAUACUGCGAGAAGCGAGACCCGAACUUGGCGUUUAUCGCAUACCAGAAGGGCCAGAACGAUCUGGAGUUAAUCAACAUCACAAACGAAAACUCUAUGUAUCGUGCCCAAGCUCGCUACAUACUGGACCGCUCUGAUCGUGAGCUAUGGACAUUUGUCCUGAGCGAAAACAACAUUCACCGUAGGUCAGUUAUUGACCAGGUCGUCGCGACGGCUGUCCCUGAAUGCAGUGACCCUGCCAAGGUCUCUGAGGCUGUCGCAUCUUUCCUGGCAUGCGACCUUCCGGGCGAGCUUAUCGAACUCCUUGAGAAGAUCGUCCUGGAGCCUUCGCCCUUUAAUGACAACCCCAGUCUCCAAAACCUUCUUAUUCUUACUGCUGCAAGAGCGGACAAGAGCAGAGUUAUGGAUUAUAUCCACCGCCUUGACGCGUUCAACCCUGACGAGUGUGCUCAACUAUGUAUUGACGUCGGCCUUCAUGAAGAGGCCUUCGAGAUUUACAAGAAGGUUGAUAACAAGACGGCAGCUGUCGAAGUCUUGAUUGAGCACGUUGUUAGUAUUGAUCGCGCGAGUGCAUUUGCUGAAGAUGUCGAUGUGCCCGAGGUUUGGAGCAGAGUUGCGAAGGCCCAGCUUGAUGGUCUGCGUGUAGCAGAUGCCAUUGAGUCUUAUAUCAGGGCUGGUGAUCCUCGCAACUAUCUUGAAGUCAUCGAGGUUGCAACCCAUGCUGGAAAGGAUGAGGAACUGGUCAAAUAUCUGAGGAUGGCACGCAAGACUCUCCGCGAACCCCCGAUCGAUACCGGUCUUGCCUUCUGCUAUGCCCGACUUGAUCAGCUAGGCGAGCUAGAGGACUUUCUCCGAGGCACUAACGUCGCUAAUAUCGAAGAGUCCGGUGAUAAAGCUGCUGAAGAGGGUCUACACAAGGCUGCGAAGAUCUUCUACACCAGCAUUUCCAACUGGUCCAAGCUCGCCACCACACUUGUCCACCUUGAAGAUUACCAGGCGGCUGUUGAAUGUGCUCGCAAGGCCAAUAACAUCAAGGUCUGGAACCAAGUCCACGCGGCGUGUGUUGCCAAGAAGGAGUUCCGACUCGCGAAGAUCUGCGGUCUCAACUUAAUUGUGGAUGCAGAACAGCUACAAGCUCUUGUCAAGCAAUAUGAAUCUGAAGGCUUCUUCGAUGAACUUAUUGACCUCCUCGAGCAAGGGCUCGGCCUGGAACGCGCCCACAUGGGGAUGUUCACUGAGUUGGGUAUUGCACUUUCGAAGUACCACCCUGAGAGGCUUAUGGAACAUAUCAAGCUAUUCUGGAGCAGAAUGAACCUGCCCAAGUUAAUUCGUGCUUGCGAGGAAGCCAAUCUUUGGCCCGAGUUGGUCUUCUGCUACUACCACUAUGACGAGUUUGACAACGCCGCACUUGCUGUAAUGGAGCGUGCCCAAAAUUCGUGGGAGCACCAGCAAUUCAAGGAUAUAGUUGUCAAGGUCGCCAAUCUGGAGAUUUAUUACCGGGCCAUCAACUUCUAUCUUGAACAACAUCCGUCUCUGUUGACUGAUCUUCUUCAGGUCCUUACCCCGCGUAUUGAUGUUAACCGGGUUGUCCGCAUGUUCCAAAAGUCUGAUAACCUACCUUUGAUUAAACCCUUCCUGCUUAACGUACAGACCCAGAAUAAGCGGACGGUGAAUGACGCCAUUAACGAUCUCCUAAUCGAGGAAGAGGACUACAAGACUCUUCGGGACUCAGUAGAGAACUACGACAACUACGACGCGGUUGAGCUUGCCUCUCGUUUGGAGAAGCAUGAUCUUGUCUUCUUCAGACAAAUCGCUGCUAACAUCUACCGCAAGACCAAGAGAUGGGAGAAGUCUAUUGCUUUAUCGAAGCAGGACAAGUUAUAUAAGGAUGCUAUCGAGACAGCUGCCAUUUCUGGCAAGUCUGAUGUUGUUGAGGAGCUUCUCCGUUACUUCGUCGACAUUGGCAGCCGCGAGUGCUACGUCGGUAUGCUUUAUGCAUGCUACGACCUUAUUCGUCCAGACCUGGUACUCGAGCUGUCGUGGCGCCAUGGUCUCAACGACUUCACUAUGCCGUAUAUGAUCAACCUUCUCUGCAACCAGACCAAGGAAAUCGCUACGCUCAAAGCUGACAACGAAGCGCGAAAGGCUAAGGAGACGGCCCAGGAGAAGCAUGAAGACGAGACACCUAUCCUCGGCGGCAACCGUCUAAUGAUCACUGCCGGGCCCGCUGCCACCGGUGGAAGUGUUUCCCCAGUUCCUUUUAUGCAACCCAACGGCUUUGCUCCUCAACCUACAGGCUUCGGCUUCUAAAGGAUAUUGGGGUAAAGUUCUAUGCCACCAAAUUAUUGGGGGGUGUCAUCGGACACCCCCAAACUAAAUUCUGAAGGACUCAUUAACACGCUUUCUACUUAAUGUCGUUAGUAACUCGAUUUGCAUCGAGGACGACGGGUGCGGUGGAUCUU